AUGGGAAAGGUACAUGGAUCAUUAGCAAGAGCUGGUAAAGUUAAAAACCAGACUCCUAAAGUCCCAAAGUUAGAUAAGAAAAAACGUUUAACAGGAAGAGCUAAAAAAAGGCAACUUUAUAACAGAAGAUUUUCAGAUAAUGGAGGUAGAAAAAAAGGACCUAAUUCAAAAGCUUAA